AUGUCCGUCAAGCAGGAGAAUGGCCACGCGGAGCCUUUGGCGAAGUCAAAUGGAUCGAAGUCAAAUGGGCCAAGAGGACGGCGCCAGAAGAAGAGCGGCGGUCUGCGAUGGUCUUUUGGGCUUGUUGUCAGCCUUGCCGGGCUCACUGAGUCUUCUCCCCGAGUCUGCAAGCCUUACUUGAUAGCUCGGUCUCAUGUUGAGCCUCAUCUGACGCCUUACUAUGAUACCUACGCCGCCCCCUACGUGGAUCAAGCGCGCCCAUACAUCGAGACAUUUAAUCGGCAAGUUUACGCGCCCGCCUCCAAGUUUGCCCAGACUGGAUACGAGAAGUAUGGAGCGCCAGCACUGGAAAAGGCUCAGGCGUAUGGCGCAUCGCAAUGGAAUGCGCAGGUAACACCGAGAAUCCAAGAGGCUCAAGAUAAGGCAUACCGACUUUACAUGGCCCAAGUGGACCCCCAUGUUCAGAAAGGUGUCAACGCAGUGUCGCCUUACUAUGAGAAAGCAAGUGCCGCUGCUUUUGCCGUUUACUGGAACCACCUUGUUCCCUUCUAUACCCGAUCGCAACCUUUCAUCGGCAAGACCUACACCGCAGGACAAGAGAUCUUGACCACUCAUGUCAUGCCUGGUGCCCGCUAUACCUGGUCAUCUGCUGUGUACUUUGCUAAUAGCUCUCUGUGGCCUCGUAUCACAGGCCUCUACUCGGAGCAGGUAGAACCCCAACUUGUUAAAAUUGGCCAGCGUCUAGCCAGUUAUAGGGAGGGCAAACGACUACGAGCUGUUGUGGAGGAUCUGGAUAACACCCAGUCUGAGCAAGACGUUACACCCACCAGCACCACUUCUGAAGAAGCUGUCCACACUACGAACUUAGCGACCGUUACCUCAACCGAGAUCCCAUCACCGCAGCCGACACCUUCUGCAGAGGAACUAGCGCAGCAAUCCCGGGAGCGCAUUGAUACAGAUCUUGAGCGUUGGCAGGAAAAGUUCGCCGCGGUUGCUGACAAGGGGGUGGUCGAUCUCGAAGAACGACUCGAAGAAAUCAGUGUCUCUGCAGAGAAGAUUUCAGCUAUCAAGCGCCGGAUCAAUGAGCUUGUUGAGACUCUGCCCGAGGAGGAUGCACCAGAAGCAGAGCGGGAAGCUCAAGAGAAGUUGACUGCUGAUGUGCGCGCGGCUGCUGUUGCAGUAAGAGAUCGUGCUCACUCCCUACGCCAGUGGUCUCUCUCUUUUGACGAAGAGCUCCUGCGCCGCGUUGCAUCUGCUGUCAAUUCGACCCUUAACAUUCUGGAUAAUAUCCGCGAUCUUGGUUUGCAAGAGAUCGGAACGCGCUGGGCAUGGUCAGAUGGCGUCACAUACAAGGACUGGACCAGGUACCAUAACCUUAAGGCUCAGCUGGACGAUUGGCGCAGUGAAAUCGAGAAGGUUGGAAUCAACCACAAAUCGGUUGCCGAAGCCAGAGACGUUGCAACCGAGAUUUUGGACGAGGCUAUGGCCGUUGCCACCGACACUGCCAAAGAACUUAUUAGACUCAAGGAAGUGGGAUACUGGAAGUUAGCUGCUCGUGAAGUUAGCGAUAACUUUGACACUAGAACUGAGGCCCCACCACCACGCCCACAUGCAGAGCCUGAAACUCACGAAGAGAAUUCUCAAGCUGUUGACGAGGAGGAGUCAGAACAUUCCACCGUCUCCAGCUCUUCAGAUGAGAACUCGCAAGCAGAUGCUAUUCCAGACCCGGAUCGAAUUGUCUCUGGUGAAUCAUUUGAUACUGAAGAACAGGAUGAUGCUGUGGAAGCUGGGACCGAGGAUGACGAUGAACCCACCUCAGCUGAUCCCAUCGAAAAGGACGAAGCGGCUUCGGUGAAACGCGUCUUUGGUGGAGUGGCUGCUGCUGAGAUCAAGUCGGCUUCGGCGCCUAUUAUUGACGAGGAAGACGAAGACACUAUCCACAGCUUGGCAAAAAAGGCCGAGAAUGCCUACUCCAAUGUCUAUGACGAAGCAAGUUCAGCAUUUGCUGACUCGACGGCCAAUGCUAAGUUUCUGUACGAAAUUGCCAAGUCUCAUGUUCAAGGCCAAGCAGCCGAAUCCACUACCCCAGCUCAUGCGCAAAUUCUUUCUUCUAUUGAGUCUGCCUAUUCUGGAGCUAUCAAGUAUGCAACCGAACAGUUUGAUGCUAAAAUUGCUGCUGUGAAAGCGACACCAACACCCUCCUCGGUGGGACCUUUAGCUCAGAUCUCUUCUAUUGCGUCUUCGCGUCUCAGCGAAGGUUUGAGCGCUGCGUCGGAGCAGCUGGUCUCAAUUCAGCCCAUCGCCUCUGAGACCAACGCUGCGGCACAGCAGCCCUUUGUGCUCGAUGCCCAGCGUCGCUAUUAUGAAGCAAUUGGUCUCGCCCAUGACCACUACUCCGCUUUUGUCUCGACCGCUUCCGAAGCCGUCUAUGGCACUCCGACCCCUACUACUACUCCAUUUGGUAUCCAGGAUGUCCUUCAGGGGGCUGAGUCACAAUAUGAGCACGUAUCCUCCUUGGCUUCGGCCAGUCUCGCUGCCGUUGUGGCUUCUGCUAGCUCUGCUAUCUCUGCCGCGGACGACGGUAAAGCGCAGCGCCUCAUUGAUGACGCUUCGUCGAGAUACAGCGCAGCGAUCUCUGCUGCUUCCGCCACCCUUUCCAUUGCGUCUGUUUCGGCUAGCUCUGCCUUUUACGGCACUACACCCGGUCCGUUGGAAUCAAUAUCCAGCCAGGCAUCUGAAAACUGGGAGGCGUUGAUCGCCAAGGCCAGCGAACAGAUUUACGGCACCCCUGCUCCGUAUUUGGAGCGCGCGCUGGACAGCUCGUCCGAACAGUUUGCGGCUAUCCGCGAUGUCGUCUCUGAACUCCUCGUAGGGAGACAACCAUCUUUCACCGAGAGUGUGCUGAGCAAGCUUCGUGUUGCCUACGAGACGCCCUAUCCCGCAGAAGCGCUGUCAUCCGCCUCGAGCUAUGCCAGCGAAGCUUACGAGACUGCCUCAUCCGUCGCUGCCUCCGUUAUAUCGGAGGUUCCCUCCGUGAAGGAUAUCAUUGCAAAUGUGAACGAUCAACUCAGCGCCGCUGUUGAGGCUGCAAGCGUCGGAAUCUAUGGUACUUCCAAGGGCCCUUAUGAGCAAGCCACUGAGGCAGCGGCCGAAGCCUAUUCUACCGCCUCUGCUCAAAUCAGCGGCGCGGUCUUCGGCAAGGAUCCCAGCUAUCUCGAUGUUGCUAAGGAUGCUAUCGAGGACAUUCAGUCGAAGGCUAGUGCUGCGAUCUACGGCGAGGAGCCUGGUGCCGUUGAGAGCGCAACUAGCCGUCUUGCAGCGGCUGUGGAGAGCGCUCAGUCCCGAUUAGCCGAUCUCGCUUCCACUGCAAGUAGUGCUGCGUCCGAAGCUGUCGAGACCGCUGCAUCACACGUGGAUGAUGCGGCUAGCAGCGUCAAGUCCGUGGUCUCAUCGGCCAAAGACGAAUUGUAA